AACUUAUUUGACAUGGACCAUUACGACCGACCUUCAUUCGUGUUCCAGUGCUUCGCCACUUCGGUGCUCCGCUAGUAUUUUUUAAUAGUUUUAAGUAAAGUUAUUAAGUAGUGCAGUGUUGAUAAAAUAAUGCCGAAACGGAAGAAUUCUGAUAAGGAUGACUAUGAAAACCUCGCAAAGAAACUGCGUAAAAUUGAACGCAAAUUGAAAAAGGCUCGGCGCAAAGAGCGUCGAUCUUCUAGUUCGUCGAGAUCUUCAUAUGAUGACCUUGCUCAUGGGAAUUCAAAAAUCAAAGAAUUCACGGUAGAAUCGGAAGUCAUUUGUGACGAUGAAUUGCAAUCGUAUCCAUCACCAAGAGAACCUACAAAUGAACCUGGGUAUGAAUCUUCCCCGAUACUGGUGCCUGACCCGGUUCCCGAGUCGGCGCCCGAGCCAGCGUCUACCCUAACGUCCGAGCCGGCGCAGGAUCCAGUACCAGGGCCGUCUAGUAUAGACGCACAAUCAUCGGAGCCACAACUCCAUAGCGCUAUUUUGGAUAUUCUUGGCGAGGAUCCGACUGUUCCAAAAGUGAUGGGCAAGGAAAUAUUAUCUGCCCUAGCAGUAAGGUUAGAACAUAUUGCAACUUCUGGAUUGACUAGUGAGUUAAGAAAAGACCUUUUAAAUAAAUAUGCGGUACCAACAAACUGUCCCCUUAUUGGGGCACCAACUCUGAAUCCUGAGGUGAAAGCAGCUAUUACAGAAUCAGUUUUAAAGCGAGACCAAAGUAUUGAAAGCAAGCAGAAGCAACUAGCGAUAGCUAUUUCCUGUGUGACCGAGGCUAUAUCGCCUUUGAUGUCAAACGACAACAAUAACCCGAGUCAACUACAAUUAUUGAUGGACGCUGUUCGCAUGCUUUGCGAUAUUCAAUAUAAACACACAUCUAUAAGAAGAGGUCUUUUAUUGAACAAUCUAAAAAAGGAUUUAAAGGACCAAAUACAAGGCACGAAAGUAGAUAGCUUUCUUUUUGGGCACAAUUUCGCAGAUAAUUUAAAAACUGCGAAAGCAAUUACAAAGUCGGGAGCAGAGCUUAAACCUAACGUGCCAAAAACUGUACCUCAAACUAAGAAGCCAGGUCCAUCUGGACCACCUAAAAAGACCUUUCCAUCAACGUCCCAGCAUUUAAACUGGAAGGCUCCUCCCCCGGGUCGCAGGUCAACGGGGACUCAGAGGGCGAGGGAGCCUGCCGCUCACAGGAGUCAGCCCGCCGGACCAUCGAGGAAGUCGUCGCAGCAGAACCAAGGUCGGAGUUGGCGCUAGAAGAGCAAUCGACUCGUUCACCAGCAGACUACCCUGGUUGCCGCUUUAUUAUCCGCACGGCAUUACUGAGAAGAAGAAUUCCACCCUCUUCUCUAAAUAUAAUGAUGGCUUCACUGUGUGAAAAUUCAUUGCGUCAAUAUGAUUCCUGUAUUAAGAAGUGGUUUAAUUAUUGUAAUCAUAAUAAUAUUGAUUUAUUUGAGAUAUCUAUUCCAAACGUAAUAUUGUUUUUAACACAGCUAUUUAACGACGGUGCUCAGUUCGGAACUCUAAAUAGUUGCAGAUCUGCAUUAUCACUCAUUUCAGGAAAUCAAAUAGGUAAUGAUGAUCGCGUUAAGCGCUUUUUUAAAGGCGUUUAUAGAUUACGGCCGGCAUUGCCCAAAUAUAAUAAUACAUGGGAUACAUCUAUAGUGUUAAAUUUUCUUAGUACUUGGUAUCCAAAUACUGAAAUAACAUUCGAAAACCUGACUAAAAAAUUAAUUACAUUGUUGGCAUUAGUUACAGCACAUAGAAUGCAGACUCUCUCCAAGAUUAAUAUUUUUAAUAUUGAGAAACACGUUGGUAACAUUGUAAUUAAAAUUCCAGAAUUUAUCAAGACGUCUCGAAACGGUUCGCUCCAGCCAACCCUUACAUUGCCUUAUUUUAACCAGAACCCAGCUUUAUGUCCUUGCAAAACCUUAACUGAUUACAUAGAACGGUCUAAAAAUCUUCGCGACAAUCAGAGCAAACUUUUCAUCAGUUUUAGAAAACCUUACUGCGCGGUAGGUCCACAAACGCUAAGCCGAUGGACUAAGUCUGUGUUAGAACAAUGCGGCAUAGAUGUCUCAAUUUUUACGGCUCACAGUACGCGGCAUGCUGCCACGUCAAAGGCUCGUAAGCUUGGGGUUAAUUUAGAUCUCAUAAGAAAUACUGCUGGGUGGUCUGGCAGCUCACAAGUCUUUGGGAGAUUCUAUAAUAGAGUCACGGUAGACAAUGACCCAAGUGAUAAUAAUGAAUUUGGUAUAAUGAUUUUGUCCAGUUCAGUUAAUGAUGAGACCAUUAAUUAAAAUUA